UGGUUGGUGACCUUUCGGCUUGCCGCAAAAGCCAACAGAAAGAAGGGGGUUGGCCGCAAGAACUGACCAAAACCUGUGGGGUUGGCCGCAAAAACUGACAAAACCGUGUGUGGGCCAAGGGAUGUCUUCCACGUUGACCCGGCCAGCGCACCAGCUUUGGGCAGCGACGGGACGCACACCUGGCUCCGCACUGGGAACAGCGAGCCUGAGAGGGCGGCCAGGAGAGCAGUGGCAGGUCAGACCAGCCGCUGCGUGGAGUGUUUGGGCUACGUCUUGGGCAACCAGACCGUGCUUUUGCGCCACAUCAGCCGCUGCGUGGCGGGCACCAAGCUGGUGUCCCCCUCCUGUGGUUUCUGGCCCACUGCCGACACCUCCUUGCCUGAGCCGUCCGCAACUUCGAGCCUUGUCUUUGAGCAGAAGACCGUUCUGGAGUCCGCGGAAGCGUGGUGCGCCAAAGGUUACAAGGUGGCGGCGGUGAACGCCGCUUCCGCGUACCACUGCGGGGGCGGGUUCUCCAGCGGGGGCAGGCAUGCGCUCGAGGAGUCCAUGUGCGUGCAGAGCACCUUGUAUUCCUCGCUGCAGCGGGGCCAGCAGUUGGCCCAUGAGGCCAACGUCAGAUCUCCCCCCUGGCUGGGGGAUCGCUGGACGCCGCAUCUACCUGCAGAUGGGGCGCUGCUGUCGCCCUGGGUGGAAGUCUUUCGGCGGGGCACCAACGAAGGCUACCCCUUCAUGCAGCGACCCUUUUUGCUGCAGGCCAUGAUCUCCGUGGCGAUGCCGAACCGCAACGAGCGCAUGUCCGACUCCCCGGUGGAUGCGCCCCGAGAUCACACCGAGUACAUGGAGGCGCUGAAGGCGCGGUGGCGGGCAGCGCUGGUGGCGGCCUUUGUGGCCGGGGCCAACUGCCUGGUGCUGCCGGACGCGGGCUGCGGGGUCUUCAGGAACGAGCCCCAGGCAGUGGGGCGCGCCCUGGGUGAGGCGUUGCUGGUUUUGGGAAGCGCCUUUGAGCAAGUAGUGCUCGCCAGCCCGGCCGCUGCCACCGGCCGAGCCUGCGCCGAUGCAGCCCUGGCGGUGUUCGCCGAUGCGAACCCCGCGGCGACCAUCUCCGAGGAAGCGCCGCCGGCGUGGUCCUACGAGAGCGAGGCGGGCUACCGGGGCUACCGGGCCGUGGGCUGCGACCUGGAGCCCGCCUUUCGGAGCUUCCAGCGGGGCGGGCCUUCGCAGCUCUGGGUCAACGAAAACCCCAGGAUGCGCGUGGACUUCGCCACCAUGACGCUCCUUGCGGAAGGCGCGGCGACUCCGCGGCGGCUCUGCCGAGGCUCCGUGCCGGAGGCGGCGGCAACGAGGCCAUGGCUCUUCGAGACGGGCAGCGGCUUCAAACCCUUUUUCCCGGAAUGCCAAGACCAGCUGGAGACCUGCCACCAGCAAUUCCAAGCCGGGGGGCCGAGCCAGGUGUGGAUUGUGUCAGGUGGGAAGCGGAUACGAAUCGACUUUCAGAGGAUGACGCAGGUGAUGGAGGGAUCAUCCAGGAUCCGGGCGAUUUCACGAGGGUGAGUCAGAGAGUCCUGCGGUCCGGUUGCAAGUCGCGGGUGCUUGGCUCUGGGUGUAAACUUGGGAAGCUCUUCGC